AUGAUGGACAAGGUGCAUCAAGACGCAAAGGAGCCCUCGCCUUCUUGCGAGAUGGACGACCGAAAUGACGGGACUGUUGAUACCUUGUCUCUAGAAGAUGAGAAGAAACUUGUUCGCAAGAUUGAUCUUCGUCUUAUGCCAUUGCUCAUUAUCAGUUAUGGUUUGCAGUACCUGGACAAGACCAGUCUGGCGUACAGUGCUAUUCUUGGACUUAGAGAGGACCUAGAACUCGUUGGCCAACAAUUCAGCUGGGCUUCCAGUGUCUUCUACAUCGGCUACCUCGUCGCCUCAUACCCCAUCUCGCUCGGCUUCGUCAAGUUCCCUCUUGGCAAAUAUCUCAGCGUUUUAAUGUUCAUCUGGGGUAUCGUCCUCACCCUUCACUCGGUCGCACACAAUUUCGCCAGUCUUAUGGUCCUUCGGUUCUUCCUCGGUGUCUUUGAGAGUGCCAUCAGUCCCGGUUUCUCGCUCAUCACCGGCAUGUGGUACACUCCCAACGAGCACGUUUCUCGCCACUCGUUCUGGUUCGCUGGUAAUGCCUCGGCUAGCAUGGUGGGCGCCAUGAUUGCCUAUGGUAUUUUGGGGUACACUGGACCGAUCUCUCAGUGGAAGAUGCUCUUCCUCAUCUUUGGUCUCAUUACGAUCGCAUGGUCUAUCUUCACAUUCUUCAUGCUGCCCGACUCUCCCUCGACUGCCAAGUUCCUGACUACUUCUGAAAGGGAAUUCGCUUCUCUCCGACCCAAGAAGUUCCAGCGCACAACACAGACCAAGAAGUGGGAUCGCAGUCAAUUUAUUGAGACUAUGAAGGACAUCAAGUCUUGGUGGUUCUUCAUCUUUUCUUUCGUCAUCUGUGUUCCCAAUGGAGGAACUACCAGCUUCAGCACAAUUGUUAUCAAGAGCUUCGGUUACGAUGAGCACCAGACUAUUCUAAUGGGCCUUCCCGCAUCCGCCUUCCAACUCACCACUGUCAUCUUGGUAGCCGUCUUUACCACCUAUGUCCGCAAGUCGCGCCACAUCGCCCUUGUUUUGACUUACAUCAUGGCCAUCGCUGGUAUCCUCAUGAUCAAGCUGCUUCCCAACGCCGAGAAACUCGCCCGUCUGGCAGGUUUCUGGCUUAUCAUGGCUGUCGCCCCAGCAUUCCCACUCAUGCUCUCACUCUCGGCUAGUAACAUUGCCGGCUUUACCAAGAAGUCUACUGUCAUGGCCAUGAUCUUCCUUGGCUACUGUGCAGGAAACUUGUCCGGGCCUCAGUUCUUUAUUAGCACCGAAGCGCCCAACUAUCAUACUGCGUAUACAACCAUUCUGGCAUGCUUUGCAAUUACAAUUGCACUUGUUGUUGGAAUAUACUUGUACUUGAACUGGGAGAAUCGUCGUCGAGACCAGGAGCAGGGAGUGAAGAGGGAUCCAGAGGAGUCUCGACGCGUGGAUCUUAGCGCUGAUGGCACGCUUCUUCAAGUGGAUGAGACUGAUAAAGAGAAUAGGAACUUCAGAUACAUUUUGUAA